AUGCUGGAUAAACAAAAUAGCACCAGGAAUUCUACAGCUCGUCCUUUUAGUGGAGCAUCUCGAACUGCAUUAGCGUCAUCUAUCAAAACAUCCACUUUAGCUACUCCACGAGCAAAUCAACUACAUAUUUCAGCCAAGUCAGCAACAGCCACUAAUGGGUCAAGUUCAAAACGAGCGCCUGUUUGCAAGUUGGCCACAGUAGGAUUUGACGAAAAAACAUGGGUUGACCGUGUUGCCAAGGAGCUCAAAGGCCAGCGAGAAUGGAGUGAAAAAUGGCAGACACUUAAUGAUCCUAAAUUAUACUUGGGAGAGCAGGCACCAGCACCAACCAAGUGGAGCGCAUACAGUGUGAUUGUUUCUCCUGGUCAGUAUCCCAUAGACCCAUCACUUGACGAUAAUUAUGCUCCGUGCUUUAAAGUCACUGGUGAUAGAAGUUCGUAUCUGUCAGGCCAAAUAAAAAAACCUGUACAUUCAAAUCCUUCACACUGGCAACAAAAGCAAAUACAUACAUUUCAAAACGCACCAUUUGCAACCGACACACCUGUAGACCCGCAUGCUGUUUCAUUGCUUUCCAAACACAAUCGUGCUUCAUUAAAAAUGUUUAAUGGAAAUUUGGUAGGUGCUCGAGCAAAUACACGAUCUCAGUUUGCACAAGAUCCACAACGUGUGUAUCGAUAUCCACCUACUUCUUCAAUGGAGUAUGGCUGGUUUCCAUAUAAAAAAGAUAUAUUUAUGAGUUGA